UGCCUUUUUACUCUCCCAUGGUGCCUUGCGCAUCAGUACAAUGGUAACAUGGCGGACCAGGUGCUGGCGAGGGAGACGUUCCUCCUGAAAAAUCGCCAGGUCGACGUCACACUAUCACCGACAAGACUGUCCUGGUACCCGCUUACAGCUGGCGAUGCACUCCACGCAUCAGACGCAAAUGCAGUAGACCUGUCAGAGGUGAUUGCAGUAACUCCAGUGGAGAAACGCUGUCAGAGGAGCAAGGACGGUUUCAGUGAUAUCGAACUCACCCCCAUCAGCUGCUCCAGGUUUGCAGUACAUUAUGUACAGAAGAAACGGGGACGGAUCUGGCGGCCUGGCAAGGUCACCUUCAAGUGCCCAGACCCUACGGUGUGUAGGGAGUGGAUAGAUAGACUACAGGAGAGAUUGAACCAAGAGUACCUCAGACCGCGCCGUCUGCUGGUGUUUGUCAACCCUUUUGGUGGGAAAAAGAGGGGGGUUCAGAUCUACCAGCAGAAGGUAGCUCCUCUGUUUGACUUGGCGAGGAUCAAGGCAGAUGUCAUAGUUACAGAGCGUGCUGGCCAUGCUCGUGAUCUACUACAAGAGCUGGAACUCAACAAACUUGAUGGGAUUGUGUGUGUUGGAGGAGAUGGCAUGUUCAGUGAGAUCCUCAAUGGCCUGAUCACCAGAACCCAGCAGGAGGCUGGUGUGGACAAGGACUGGCUGGCCGCAGAGCUGGUCAGACCUCACCUCCGCAUUGGCAUCAUUCCUGCAGGUUCUACAGAUGCUGUUUCUUAUGCCACCGUCGGUGUGAAUGACCCCGUCACCUCAGCAUUGCACAUAAUCAUUGGUGACUGUCAGCCCCUGGACGUGUCCUCUGUACACUACCGUAGCCAGCUGCUGAGGUACAACGUGUCGUUCCUGGGCUAUGGUUUCUAUGGCGACGUGGUGAGAGACAGCGACCUGCGCAGGUGGAUGGGUCCCACUAGAUAUGACUACUCCGGUUUCAAAAAGUUUUGUAGAAGGAAAAUCUACGAGGGGGAGGUGGCAUUUCUGCCUUGCUCAGACCAAGGCAGCAGCCCGUAUGACCAGAUCAGAUGCACUGAAGGGUGCCUUGUGUGCAAGCAGGCUGGAGAGAAAGACAAGCCGACCCCAUUUAACCCCUCGGAACAGCCUCGUGCUGUGGAGACAUUUGGUCCAGGUGGAUGGCAGCGGGUACGCGGUCGCUUCAUCGCCAUCAACGCAGCCACCAACUCCUGUGCCUGUAAGAAGACUCCGAAGGGCGUGUCUCCAUCUGCCCACCUGGCGGACGGCUGCACAGACCUGAUCCUGAUCCACGCCACGCCCAGAUACAGGUUCCUGGGGCACCUCCUCAAGCAUCUCACCGACUCCGACAGGUUCAAUCAUAGCUUCAUAGAGGUCUACAGAGUCCGAGAGUUCAAGUUCCGACCGGUCAUUAUUGAAGAAACGGAAGAUGAUAUGGUGGAGGAUGAGGAGGCAGGCGUGUUGUCCAGGCGGAACUACCGACGCAACACACGGCGCAACAGUGUGUGGAACUGUGACGGAGAAAUCAUCGACCAGCCAGCAAUCGAUGUCAAAGUCCAUUGCCAGCUGAUCAAGCUGUUUGCCCGAGGGAUCGAGGAGACAAAGCAGUCCUCCUGCUGGCCAGUGGGAUGCUUUUGUGCCUGACCAAUCAGGGAUUAGUAUGCAAGUAGCCAAUAGCAGAGUCUGGAAUAGGUGGCACCAGGGUGCAGCCAAUUAAGACUAUUGUUUCCAUUGUAACAAUGUAUGUCUUUGAGAUUAUGUAGGUUUAGCAUAGCCUAGAUGUAUCCUAUGCAGGAUAAAGCUUUUCUGAAUAUAGUAUAUCACAGAAUUUAUUAACCACUUCUUUUGAACAGGCAAAACUGUUAUUAUCCAAAGGCAAAGAAGAUUUAAGAGCACGACAUUCUAUGGAGAAUAGUUAGCUAUUUCUUACAUGGUUAGAGACAGUUGCUAUAAUAAGAAAUUGCUGCUAGUACAAUCAGCCUUAUAGAGAUAAUCAAAUCUUCUAUUACCUGUAUCGCCUCUGCAAAAGAGGUUCUAAAAUCCCUGCAUAUUUAAUAGUGGAGACUUUUGCUUUCAAAGCUUGACACAUUCUUGUUACAUCACAAAGGUAACAUUCCCUAGAUAUCUAGAUUCCACGCAAUUUGCUUGUGCAAUGAGGUCGGGUAUGCCAGCUGCAGGCUUUCGUGUUGCAAUUCCAAACUGUGCAAGGAGUUGUAGAGAUGACAUGGACAAUGGUGUCAUGUGUCAGGAGGACCAAACAAAGCUGGUCUGCAAAUUACCUGAUGAUCGGGGGUAUCUUCCAGACCCUACUGACCAGGUCUUCCAACAGGAGCACCAGUAUGUAGAGUAAUUGCAUGUUGCCGACAAGUCUGAUAACAGCUUAUACUGAACAUGGCUGGUUUUCAUAAAACCUGAAGAUGUACUGACUGGGUGAUAGGAUAUUUACAUCCUGCUCAUAAAUAUAACAGUUUUUCUGUCCAUAUACAAAAUUACGAAUUGUUUUAGAUAGCCUAGAUAGUAAUAAAAUGUAUCCAAUGUUAUGAUGACACAUCUGUCAGUGAAUCAACACCUUUUCCACAUGAUAAAUACUUUGGGAAUAAUUCAUGCUUUUAUUAGCUUUUUAAAUCUUUAGAAUAAGGAAAAAUUGUCAUAUUUGAUAGGAUUAAACUUUCUCUAUUACUGUCUACUGUGUAGUCAAAAAUAGAUUUGUCUGAUUCCCAGUGAAAUUACCCACGUCAUGCCAGAUAGGAAGCAGUCUCACAUGUAGCCAGCACAGUCACCAGUAACGUUAGUUGUGUUGGCUACAAAAUAGUAUUUCCCACAUCGCUUUCCCAUUACUUUUUAGUGUCCUUUUUUGACAACCAUGGUGUCAUUACCCCUGUAGCAUUUUCAAACCAAUAAUUUCACUGUUGAUUGUCACAUCUCAGGCCAUGUUACUGCUGCUUUUAAAGGUGCUGCAUUGCAACCUCAGUUGCUGCCUGCAGUGCCAUGUAUGAUGGAAAGGGGGCAUUUGUGGCCUUAAGUUGUGCAGUUGAUGCUUGAUUGUCUGAAAUGUUUAGUAUGUGCAAUUCCCAAGGUUAUAUGAGCCCAUGUAACCUCCUUGGUGUCAAGGAUGUCAGAGGAUGACAAAUUAUGAUGGUAUGUGGCUUUUGAUACAUGUACAUGUCAGGCAAAUGCUAGUGUAUAGACUACAUGGGUUCUAUUUGUGAGCUUUAAAACUGAUAUAACAGACAUUUUGGCAAUCAAUCUUGGACUGUACUUUGCAAGUUCUGUGGGAUGCACCGUCUUGCUGCCAACGUCAUGAAGGCAAUGUUUCUGUUUUGUAUGUAACGUCAUGUGGGACAUGCUGCAGUAUAUUUCACACUUUAUUCCACAGUCGGCACAGGAAGUCAAAUGUUUUCGUGAGUAGAAGACAUUGACUGCAGUUCAUGUUCAAUAAGUAAUUUCUGUCACCAACUUUUUAACAUCAAGGAAUAUAUUGUGUAAAAUUGCUUGAAAUAGUGUUGGGUAAUGCAUCUGAUAUCGCUGCAUUGUAUUGUUGUAGACCUGAAAAUGUGUUAAUUAUACAUGGUUUAUCUACUCUGCUCACAUUCAGCACUGAUUUUUUCAGGCAAAAUAGCAUUCUUGAUUAAAGAUAGAAAGACAAGUGUCUGAUUGUAUUUUGAAACACAUGCAACUCCAAUGCAAUGUUGAAUUAUCAGUGCAAGAGAAUUGGAACAUGUAUGUUUUGCUUUGGUUGAAAUUGGUUCUUUCUCUAUAUAAUUGCAACUGCUGUUAUUGCUCUCUUGCUGUAAAGCUUACGGUGUGUUGGUGUUUAUAUGAUAAUUUGCAUCUAAAGAUAUUAUAAUAUAUUUAACUGGAUCAUUGUUAUGUACUACUGAGUAGUAACCUAAGUGUAAUAAUUUGAGUUAUAUCCUAACGUUUCAAUGCAAGAGUGAUAUGUUUUGUGUUGUAUCUAUAAUGUUAGUGCUAUAUGCAGUAACCAGGGCAAAGAUACAAGAAUACAAAUGUAUCUAUUCCAAUUAUCUCAGAAACUGUUCAGAUUGGACAACCAUUGACAAAACAACAACAAAUGCUGUUUCAGCUAAAUGAAUGUUCAUUGAUCAGAUCACACGGAAGACUGCCCAACAGGGUAUUUCCGCAUGCUAGGUACAUAAGGUAUAUGUAGAUGCUUUGUAUGUUUAUAUAGUUCCAAAGGCCAGGUAAAGGUUUUCCAGCUUGUAGUGUUGACCAGCUCUUCAUGUAAUAAAUCUGUCAUGUAGAGUAAUGCUGAUUAUGUUUGGAAGAACAGAAGAGAGUUUUUUUACACUCUCGGGAUGGAUAGGAGUUCUGACAUGUUUUGUAUCAUCACAUCACUUGAUAGGUCUGAUUAUGGAGAUUGAAAUGAAAAUGAAAGUAAUUGUUUUA